UGAGAUCAAGUUUUGCUUCGGUGAGUAAUUGUUCUCUGAUUUGGGUUGAUUUUAUUCCGAAAUUACAAUUUUCAAGUAGAGUGCCAAAUUCGCAUAUGUUUGCUUGUGUUUAGAUUCUAGUAAUGAAUUCGUUAAAUGAUUCUUCUUCAUGUUGCUCAAUUUUGAAGAAAACAUACCUUUCGAACGACACGUUGUUUUUCGGCGGGAAAUAUUCUUCGAAUUUUCCGAUGAUGAUGCUUAACUUUUGUUCGUCUAUUGUAUUCAAAUUAAAACUAUUGUAGAUAUCAAUUGCAUCUGGUCCUUUAUCUAACAUGAAUGUUGCGGCGUGAAUGUCAGCAGGUUUCUUCCUUAACUGAUUUGCAGGAUAGCCGUCGGAGCAACAUGGUUCCUAAGGAACGUGGAUCUCCAUGAAGACCUGGAGCUUGACAUAGUCAGUAAGUAUCUAUAGUCGGCAUCAUUGCGCCACUUCGACAAGGCGGCACGACUUGAAAACCCUCUUGUCGUGGCUGCCGGGAAUUACAUACCCGAUCCUGUAGACCGAAUGAUAAGCAGUCGACGUCGCCCUAAACACGUCAUUACGGAUCCUCCCGAUCCAUUAACGGUGUUUUAAGGUACCACAUGCACCGGUCACUGUCCUCGUCGAACCCGUCGCUUGCGACGAAGGGCUCGACGAGUGAAUUAACCCAUAGAAACAGCCCACUGAGUUUCUCGCCGGAUCUUCUCAGUGAGUCGCGUUUCCGAUCCGGUGGUAGAUUCUGCGAAGCACUGCUCUUGGUAGGGCCAGUGUUAGCAAAACUCCCGGUUAGAGCCCCGAGAGCUCACCUACACGUCAAGGAAAAGCUGAAAUGGCCUCUCAAGGCUAUCAGCAUAAGUAGGAUUAUAAAACUUAACUGAAUUGCGAACAUACCAUUCCAACCAUAGAUAACCAUAAUUACUGGUGGUAAGACCUCUUGUGAGUCCGCACGGGUAGGUACCACCACCCUGCCUAUUUCUGCCGUGAAGCAGUAAUGCGUUUCGGUUUGAAGGGCGUUGCAGCCGUUGUAACUAUACUUGAGACCUUAGAACUUAUAUCUCAAGGUGGGUGGCGCAUUUACAUUGUAGAUGUCUAUGGGCUCCAGUAACCACUUAACACUAGGUGGGCUGUGAGCUCGCCAACCACAAUAAGCAAUAAAAAAAAAAGAUUGGUUGAAAUAUCGAUAGUGCCGUGGGGAAUGAAUACUUUGUGAUGUGAUGUUAAGUUAUAAUAUUUUUUUGGUCAACGAAGUGGUUAAUUCGUCUAAACCUUAAAACUUGCUAAUUUCAGCGAAAAAUCAAUGAUAACAGUUUGCACCAAAAUUAUAAAUUCUUUGGAUAAGCUAGACAUUUCGAAUUUUGCUUAAAACAUUUUAUUAAUAUCUGUAUCUCGCAAAUUGUUAUUCGUGACGAGUUUAGCGCGUAUCAGACAUUCGACGUAAAUUUAAAUAAAUUUAUUACUUUAUCGUCACAAAUAUGUAGGUACUUAUUUAAAUUAUUAAUUGUGUAAUAAGUCGUAAAAUUAAAACUUGCAUUCUUACUCCGAUUCUACACAAUGUUAUUUAUUCUCUGUAACACUCGCACUGUUUUAUCUUGAAGAAUUAUUUUUACUAUGUUAUUAAACGUUUCAUUCUUUUGUGAAUAUUUUUAAAACUUUAUAUUUAGGUCUCGUAAUAUUUACAUGAGAGAAGAAAGUGUAGAUUAAAAUUUAAUGUACUUGAAGGCUUUAAAUGUGUUGACAAUCUUGACCAAUUAAUGUCUUGACCAUUGAUGAAGAGCAAGUUGACACAUUUCAAUACAAGGAAUAUUUACCAUUCAUGGCAUUUCAAUGAAAAGACUUAGCUGUACUAAAAAUAUAAUAUUGAUAAUUAGAGUGAUUUGUGGGUGGGCAUUUCACGAGUUUUUAUAUAGGUAUAAUAAUCGGUACGAAUAUUGAGUUCUGACCCUGACGUACGCAGAAGUCCAUUUUUGGGUCUCUUUUGGGGGAAUAAGGCAAGAGGGGCAGGUGGUGCCGGCCAUGUUGAUUACGUGAUUGGAUCUGAUCGCGUCGCGUCACAUGCCGUCAGUUGUGAUUGGUUCCCUGUGUUGUGCACGCGCAUCAUUGCAGCAAACUAUACUUUCAUACAAUUUUAUUGCCCACAAUUUUUUUUAUUAACCUCAUUUAAUUUAUACUGUUUAUUGUGAAACUGUCACGGUGAAGGCGACGGCAUGUGGCACGGUGCGCGGGUGUUGGUGUUCGCGGCGCUGGGCUUACUGGCUGGGCCUUCGCUUGCCCACAAGAAGUUCAAUAUCACCAUUGGCUACUUACCGGCUCUUACCGGUGACUUGCGAGACAGACAAGGACUCACAGUCUCCGGGGCACUGUCGUUGGCACUUGAAGAGCUGAACAAUGGAGUCGAUCUGCUGCCGGAUGUGGAGAUUCACAUGCAGUGGAACAACACGAAAUAUGACAUGGUAACUUCCACCAGGCUCAUCACCGAAAUGAGUCGUGCAGGUGUAGUAGCCUUUUUCGGACCCGAAGGUCGCUGUGAAACUGAAGCCAUAAUUGCGCAAUCCAGAAACUUGCCUAUGAUCUCUUACAAAUGCUCAGACUACCAAGUAUCUAGGCUACCAAACUUUGCUCGAUUAGAGCCUCCGGGCGUUCAGGCGACAAAAGCGUUAAUAUCGUUGCUACGUUACUAUAGAUGGAACAAAUUCUCUAUAUUGUAUGAAGAAUCUUGGAUGACGGUAGCCCUGACGUUGGCGAACUAUGCCAAGGAUUUUAACAUGACUGUAAACCAUCAGAGUCCCGUCAUAAAUACUUUUAAAUGUUGCGUAGAGAAAAUGGCUUGCUGUGCACCCGGUUUCUGGUAUCAGUUCAUUCAUGAUACAAAAAACAAAACAAGAAUUUACGUUUUCCUUGGGUCGACUUCGGGACUAAUAGAGAUGAUGACCGCCAUGGAGUCGCUGCAGUUAUUCGCGAAGGGCGAGUACAUGGUUAUAUUCGUGGACAUGAUGACGUACUCUCUUAAAGACUCUGCCAAGUAUUUGUUGAAAAUCGAAGAUCGUUUAUCGUCGACAUUAAUAUGUCCGAACACGCCUGAAUUUAAAAAGAGAGCCCAGUCGUUACUGGUGAUAGCUUCGUCGGAACCAUCCCCGGAAUAUGAAGAGUUUACGGCUAAAGUCAGGAAAUACAAUUCUCUAGAACCAUUCAAUUUUCCCGAUGUCUUUGGCAGCAAGUACAUUAAGUUUGUAUCCAUUUACGCUGCGUACUUGUAUGAUUCGGUGAAGCUCUAUGCUAAAGCUCUAGAUGAAAUAAUCAAGGAGGAAACUCAAAAGGAGCCCUUGACGCAGGCCAAGCUAACGAAUAUUGUCACUAACGGAACAGCCAUUGUGGCGAAGAUGAUUAAAAGUUCGCCAUACAAAAGUGUGUCCGGUUUGACGAUACGUUUAGAUGAUCGUGGCGAUUCCGAGGGAAACUUCUCCUUGCUCGCUUUCAAGCCGAUCAACAACAAGAUUGAUAGAAACUGCAGUUACAGUAUGAUACCGGUUGCUCAUUUCCAGCAAAACAGUAAAGAGUUUCCUGAUUACAAACUGAAUUCUCGUAUACCGAUCGAUUGGCCUGACAGCGUGAAACCGGAGGACGAACCGUCUUGCGGUUUCAACAACGAGAAAUGUCCAAGGCACAACUCGCUGAUAACGUUGGCGUUACCGUUAGCGUUGACGGGAACGUUGGCGGUGACUUUGUUUUGUGUGUUAUUCGUCACGGUCAGCAAAUACCGAAAAUGGAAGAUCAAACAAGAAAUAGAAGGUUUUCUUUGGGAAAUAGACGCACAGGAAGUUACCGGAUAUUCCGACAACGGCCUCGUGUGCUCGCCCAGUAAGUUAUGUCUAGCGAGCGGUAUAUCAUACGAAAUGUGCCCACAAAAAUUCACCACGACGGCGCAAUACAGAGGGAAUUUAGUCAGGAUAAAAACAUUGAAGUUUUCUAAAAAGAAGGAUAUAUCUCGGGACAUAAUGAAAGAGAUGCGGCUGCUGCGCGAGCUGCGUCACGACAAUCUCAACUCGUUCAUCGGCGCCGUCGUGGAGCCGAUGCGCGUGCUCAUCCUCACCGACUACUGUGCCAAGGGGAGCUUGUAUGAUAUAAUAGAAAACGAAGAUAUCAAAUUGGAUCAGAUGUUAAUAUCUUUGCUUAUUCACGAUCUCAUUAAGGGUAUGAUCUUCAUUCAUUCAUCGCCUUUAAUAUUUCACGGAAAUCUCAAAUCCUCGAAUUGUGUAGUUACAUCAAGAUGGAUGUUACAAGUAGCUGAUUUUGAUCUUCGUGAGCUGAAAUAUUGCGCUGAAAACAAGUUUAUUGGAGAACAUCAGUAUUAUAGAGGUUUGCUUUGGAAAUCACCAGAGUUGUUGAGAGGAUUAAACAACCCGAAUGGCAUCGUGGGCGGAACGCAAAAAGGUGACGUCUAUGCGUUUGGGAUUAUUCUAUACGAAGUGAUAGCGAGAAAAGGCCCUUUCGGAAAUGUCGCAAUGGAGCCCAAAGGUGAGCCUUUAAAUGAAAACAAAAAGUACAAAAUACAUUUUGAGUUACUACUUAGCAGUAAGUUAUAUUUCGUUCUUUUAAAAAUAUGUAUACCGUGGACUAACAUUUCAGAUAUAAUAGACCGCUUGAAGCGGCCGAAGUUGGACGGCGAAGAGUUGUUUCGUCCGGACACGAGCAGCAUCGACGGCGGCAUCGACGACUACAUCGUGUCGUGCAUGAAGGACUGCUGGGCAGAAGAUCCCAACACAAGACCUGACUUCCCUACGAUUAGAACCAGACUAAAGAAGAUGAAAUCGGUACAGUAAGGGAAACUAAUUAGUUUAUUUAAAUCGUUAAGUCAAAUGUUAAUAUCAAA